UCAUCAUCAUCAUCAUCAUCAUGUCUGGUGUGUGGGUGUUCAAGAACGGAGUGAUGAAAUUGGUGGAGAACCCAUACAACCAAUCCGGCGCCGGAGAGUACCCGGAAUAUUCCUCCGGCGGGCAACAACAGAGAAUGAGGAAGAAGAUUCUCGUUUAUCUCCCGACCAGCGAGGUUGUUUCCUCGUACGGUUCUCUCGACAGAAUCUUGGUUAGUUUGGGAUGGGAACGUUACUACGGGGGCGAAAACUCCGAUCUCUUUCAGUUCCACAAGAACACCUCGAUCGAUCUCAUUUCUCUCCCCCGAGAUUUCUCCAAGUUCAAUUCUAUCCACAUGUACGACAUUGUCGUCAAGAACCCUAGCAUCUUCCAUGUCCGGGACAUAUAACCAUCACCAAGCUGGUUCCACAUCUAAUAAUUAUAUCCAUGUAUGUAUAUAUAUGUGUAUAUUGAUGUAUUCUAUGAAGUUUGUGACGGGGGAGUUCUUGUCGGAAGUAUUAUGUAUUAGUUACUAUUUCUCAUGCACGUUUCCGUAGGAAGAUCUUCUACGACCGUUCAUUUCGGAACUAUGGUUAAAUCUCAGCCGUUGAUACGCUUCAGGAACUGUAUGCCAUGGUUUUGAUACGUAUACCAAAGUUGUUGAAAUGGACGGUCGAGAUGAUGUUUGUGUACGACGGAGUGAGAAACAUAUUGUAUAUACCUUUCCCAGGCAAGAAUUUCUUGUUUAUGUUUAAUUAAUUAUCUUUUUUUUCGAAGUUGUUUUUUUAAUUGUAAACCUAAAUAUAUA